UUUUCGUCUUUGUUUUGUGUUCAGAAUUUCUGUAAAAUAUUACUAACAAAGAAUAAGAGAAAACUUUCUAAAAACAAUUUAAAGUCUUUGUAGUUGUGACAAAACGCCUAACGAUUUAAGAAGAAAGGCAUAUUGAAAAGCGCAGUAUUAGUUGUUGUUAACAAGCCAACAAACGGUAUUUCACAGUGCUCGAAAGAGCGGCAGCCGUGACGAGAAUUGACCUCGACCUCGCUUAAUUGUCGAUGUAAAUUUUUUGUUGCCGGCAUAUAAUUUUAUUCUUUGUUGCUGUUUUCCCACAAAUUAAUAAAAAAUAAGGAAAAAACAAAAUUUAAACACAUUGCUGUGGCUAUCUAAUAUCUGCCUUCUAACGGUAAAAAGCCAAAUAAACCACACAUAUAUAUUAUGAACCGUACCAGAAGAAAAGUUGUACGUCCUGAUAAUCCUUUCAAAACUGCAAAUGCCUUCUCACGCUGGAGUUUUUGGUGGAUGCGUAAUAUAUUCAAGCGGGGCUUGCAGGGUCCCCUCACAGAUGAUGAACUUUAUCAGCACAGGAGCACGCUGGACAGUGAGCGCGUGACCAAUAAAUUUCAUGAUCUAUGGGAUGAUGAGCUGAAGCGUAAAAAUCCCAGUGUGGUGCGCAUGAUGGCACGGGCCUACGGCUGCAUUUUUGUACCUCUGGGUCUGUUUUAUUCCCUCUCGGAGUCAUGUUGCAAGUGUCUUAUGCCGCUAUUCUUGGGCGGUCUGGUGGGCUACUUUGCUACCAAUCAGAAUACGAUAAGCACAACGGAUGCUUAUCUUUAUGCAUUGGGCAUUGUAAUAUGUUCGCUGGUGCCUGUGAUCACAUUUCAUCCGUUUAUUUUUUACAUAUUCCAAGUGGGCACCAAACUACGCCUUGCUCUCUCGGGCCUCAUUUAUCGCAAGUGCCUGCAAUUGUCAAAGAGCAGUAGCAACGAUGGUCUACGUGGACGCGCCAUUAACAUACUAUCCAACGAUUUGGGUCGCUUUGAUGUAGCACUUUGUUUUCUACACGAUACGUGGAAAGGACCGGUGGAGUCGCUGUUGAUUGGUAUGCUGAUGUAUCGCGAGAUCGGCAUAUCGGCGGUGAUUGGAGUUGCCUUCAUGCUCAGCUUUAUUCCACUGCAGGCGUGGGCAGCGAAAAAGGCUGCUUAUUAUCGUCAGAUGACUGCCGAGCGUACAGAUUUGCGGGUGAAGCUAAUGAAUGAGAUUAUUCAGGGCAUACAGGUCAUUAAGAUGUAUGCGUGGGAGAAGUCCUUUGCCCGUAUUAUUGCGGAAGUGCGUCUGAAGGAAGUGAAGGCCAUUCGAGGUACUUCGUACAUUCACGCUGCCCUUAGUUGCACGUCCAUGAUCUCGCCUAUGUCUGUUUUUCUGGCUCUUGUCUCCUAUGUCUACUUGAGCGAUGCUAUCACUGCACAGAAAGUCUAUAUCGUGUCUUCGUAUUUCAAUAUGCUAAACGAUUCAAUGGUGCAUUUUUGGCCACUUUCAUUAACUUUCAUUGCCGAGGCGUUUGUCUCUGCGAGACGUUGUAAGGAGUUCCUGCUGGAGGGUGGAAAGGUGGAGGCGUCCAUCACUUCAGAGCCCAAACAAAAACAGGCGAAGAAGGUGCGCAAGUCAGACGAGGUAGACAGAAAAAAGAAUGUCGAACUGAAUGGCUCAUUGCUGAGCACUGAAAACCUGAAACAUGGACGACAGCGUGACUACAACCCAGAGGCAACCAAAAAGUGUGUUGUGAUGAAAAAUGUAACAGCCACAUGGGAUACCAGCGACGGUCACAAAAACUGUGCAAUCGAAAACUUCAGCACGGAUAUACAGGACAACACUUUGGCCGCCGUGGUCGGACCCGUGGGUGCAGGCAAAUCCAGUUUUCUGAAUGUUUUGCUUGGCGAAACGGACAUCGAUCAGGGUGAGGCUCUGGUGCAUGGCAAGAUCUCCUAUGCCGCCCAAGAGGCGUGGGUAUUUGAGGGUACCAUACGCGACAACAUUGUCUUUGUUGAGGACUACAACGAGCGACGCUAUAAAAAGGUCAUAAAAGUAUGCGCUCUGGAGCGGGAUUUGGAGUUGUUGCCGCGAGGAGACCUGACUGUGGUGGGUGAGCGUGGUGUCAGUCUGAGCGGUGGGCAGAAGGCACGCGUAAAUUUGGCACGUGCUGUUUAUCGAAAAGCGGACAUCUAUCUGCUGGACGACCCUCUCUCAGCUGUGGAUACGCAUGUCGGUAAACAUAUCUUCGAUCGCUGCAUACGCGAAUUCUUGUCGAACAAAAUUCGCAUAUUGGUCACUCAUCAGCUGCAGUAUCUAUUCGAUGUGGAGCAACUGCUCCUAAUGGGAACCGGCAGGAUCGUUGCCCAGGGUAGCUAUCAGCAGUUGCAACGUUCACGCCAGUUCCAGUUCCUAGAGCAAACGCACGACGAGAGCGGCAUCGAUACGCAUAGCGUCAGCAGCCAUUUGUCGCGCAGUGAUUCUGAGAAGAGCAUGGAGCAUCAUCAGCACAAUCAACUGCUGCGACCGGACGAGGAGGUCGAGGAAACUAAUCAGGAGCAACAGGCUGUCGGUGCGGUUGGCUUCAAUGUGUAUGCUUCCUAUUUCAAGGCGCUGGAAAGCACAUUUCUGCUAGGACUCAUUGUUACGCUUUUCAUCAGUGCAAGGACGAUGCUAACGGGCGUCGAUUACUUUUUAUCUCGCUGGGUCAUCUGGGAGGAGAAAAUUGCAGUUAAUGGAAGCAGCAACAGGGAACCCUUAAUGGCGAAUCGCACUACUUUGUCUGGGAAUGGUACAGAAGCCGAAAUUUUCGAACCAUCAGUAAAUGACACGGUACAGUUAUCUGGAAAGGAACUUAACAGCGUUGACGAAGGCAUACGACAGGAGCUGGUUAUUUUCUAUGCUAUUAUACUGAGUGCCACAAUGAUUGUUUAUCUUAUGCGCACGUACGGUUUCUUUAAAAUGUGCCUGCGCAUUUCAUUGCGUUUGCAUGAUCGUCUCUUUCGGGGAAUCACACGCGCCACGAUGUACUUCUUCAACACGAAUUCGUCGGGUCGCAUUCUUAACCGUUUCUCUAAGGAUAUACGUACCGUGGAUACGGAUUUGCCUCAUACUCUGCUGGAUUGCUUAUCGUUUGCUAUUGAUGUUUCCGGUGUGCUGGUAAUCGUAGCGAUCGCCAAUUAUUGGCUUUUGGUGCCUGCUGCGGUGAUUGUACUGCUCUUAGCGAGCAUACGUUAUCUCUAUGUCAGCACAAGUCGCAGUGUCAAGCGUCUGGAGUCCAUAUCUCGCAGCCCAGUCUAUUCGCUGACCAAUCAAACUUUUCAGGGACUUACCACCAUACGCGCCUUAGAAGCACAAGCUGUCUUGGAAAGCGAGUUCCAUGAAUAUCAAAACAAUAACACGUGCGCCUGGUUUCUUUUUCUAUGUUGCACUCGUGCCUUUGCCUUAUGGACUGAUCUGGUGUGCGUGGCCUACAUUAGUGCAGUGACGUUCAGCUUUCUGUUGUUGCCAACCAACUUCAAUAGCGGCGACGUAGGUCUGGCUAUUUUACACUCCACUACUAUGAUUGGCAUGUGCCAGUGGGGCAUGCGUCAGACGGCCGAAUUGGAGAAUCAAAUGACCAGUGUAGAGCGCGUCUUGGAGUACACAGAACAGCCAUCGGAGCCCCCACUUGAGACGGCUGAAAAGCUCAAGUUGAAACCGGAGUGGCCCACCAAAGGACGGAUAGAGUUUGUUAACUUCAAGCUACGAUAUUCGCCCAAAGAGUCCUGCGUGUUGAGGGAUCUAAACUUUACUAUUGAACCCAAGGAAAAAAUUGGCAUCGUUGGUCGUACGGGAGCAGGAAAAUCAUCGAUUAUACAGUCCAUCUUUCGGUUGGCUUGCAACGACGGCAUGAUUCGCAUUGACGAUCUGGAUAUAGAGCACAUAGGUCUACACGAUUUGCGUAGUCGCAUUUCGAUCAUACCGCAAGAUCCAGUGCUCUUCUCAGGCACACUGCGUUACAAUUUGGAUCCGUUGGAUGAGCGCUCCGACGAGGAUAUGUGGAAAGCAUUGGGAGAUGUGGAGCUGCGCUCAUAUGUGUCGACAUUAAUUGGCGGCCUUAAUUGUCGAAUGUAUGAUGGGGGUUCGAAUUUCAGCGUGGGUCAGAGGCAACUGGUUUGUUUGGCACGAGCUAUACUAAGAAAUAACCGGAUCUUGAUUCUGGACGAGGCAACGGCCAAUGUGGACCCAGAAACGGACAAGCUCAUACAGAAAACAAUUCGUUCAAAGUUCGCCAACUGCACCGUAUUGACCAUCGCUCAUCGGCUGCACACUGUUAUGGACAGCGAUCGCGUGCUGGUAAUGGAUGCAGGAGAGGCGCGAGAGUUGGGUCACCCGUAUGAAUUGCUGCAACGGCCAGGUGGCUACUUGCGCCAGUUGGUAGAUCACACAGGCGCAUCCACUUCCAUUGCACUGCAACAGGCAGCCGAGGAAAGUUACCUCAAAAGAAUGCUGAAUAAUGAAACUGGUGCUCAAGACAUGAAUAUCUCAUUGAAUUUACAGGAACAAAAAGAAUAGCCCAUAAUUAAAUGCACAAACAAACACGAAAUAUAACUUCAGAUUAUAGGAGCCUGAGAAAUGAAAGUAUUAGCGCUGAUUGAUGGCGCAACCCGGUGAUGAAUGUACAUAAGACUUGUACUUAAUGUUACUUAACUUUUUCGUUUGUACCACCUAUGUAUGUGUAUAUAUGUAAAUGUUUUCCAUACAUACUGUUUUAGAUCAAAUCGUUUGGAAAAUCUCGUUAUCGUGCUUGAUUAUUAUUUGUUACUUAAGGUCUAAAGCGAAUUUAUGUUAUGUCACACUUGUUAACGAUUACAUCGAAGUUGUGUUCAAUUAUCCCAGAGCUCGAGAGCAAUACACAAGCCAAGUGCACAAAUCCCAAAUAUAUAUGCGAAUAGAAUAUUAGGAUAACAAACAGUGCUAUUUUUUAUAUACACAAUGUUUCUGUGUAGACUAAUUCUUUCGUACUUAUCAUAUGUAUUUACUGCUAGUAAUUAUACAAUCUCAAUAAAGUGCCUGAGCAAUAUUAAACAAA